ACAUGACGGGUGGGGUGACCUGCCACAUGUUGCCUCACCUACCUGGGGUCCCCCACCUCCAUGUAAACAGGCCCUAAUUCAGUUUUUUUAGAAAAUUAGAUGGCCUGCUUCAAAUGGAAGACUUAGACUCAGAGGAAAACAUUAUAUUAGGGGGUGAUUUCAGUUGUCCAUUAAAUCCAGCUCUUGAUAAACACGGUCGUGGUUUUUUAAAAAAUAAUCAAUAUUUGGUCCUCAAGGGGGCUUUCUGUCUACGGAAAGGUUACUCUAAUCAAAUCACUUCUUAUACCAAAGAUCGUUUACACCUCCUCUUUGUUACCUACUCCGGAACACAAUGUCAAGGAUUUAAAUCACAUAUUAUAUAUGUUUUAUGGAAAGGUAAAGAUAAAGUAAUAAGAGCGUCAACAAUAAAUAAUUAUGAAGAAGGAGGCAUGAAAAUGGUGGAUAUUGAAAGUGUGAUAAAAUCUCUCCGUCUUUCCUGGCUUAAACGAAUAUUUAGUGACAACUCAGGCGCGCGUGGAAAAACUACCUAGAAUACAUCUUGAAAGAUUCUGGAGGUCUAAUGCUUUUUAAAUGCAAUUAUAAUGUUAAGGAUCUUCAAAUUACCUCUACCUUUUAUUUAGAGCUACUUAAAUGGUGGUCGGAACUCCGAGAAGAUAAUGCUCUUAAUAACGAUUGGCAUUAUGUAAUUUGGAAUAAUCGAGACUUUAGAAUAGACGACAAGCCCUUUUUCUACAAGAAAUAUUACGACAUUCGUAUCUGGGAAAUAGGAGACUUACAUCUUGAUCUCAGCAAUAGGGAAUCCUACGAACAGAUCGCAAAAAAUGUUAAAAAGACAAAGUUCCUUGAAAGGACUAAUAUGAGACAUUCAAUACCAACCAACUUAAAAGUUCUCUAAUCGCUCGGAUUCGAUUACCUUUAAUGCAAUACCUUCCUUUAAAAUCAAUGGCGGCGUUUUCGACAUAGCAAAAAAGAAAUCAAAAGAUUAUUAUCCUUUUUUGAUCAAAAAGAAGGCUUGUCUCCCAAAUUAUGCUCAAAAACUGAAGUUGGAUUUUAAUCUAUCUAAUGACGAUCUCAGAAAGGCAUUUCUCUUGCCGCAUUCUAUCGCGUUUGAACCUUAUGUCAAAGCCUUUCAAUUAAAGUACUCAAUUCUAUACUUUUUACCAACUCAAAGUUGUUCAAGAUUGGGUACAGGACAGACAACCUGUGCUCUUUUUGCAGGAGGGAAUCAGACACUAUUAGACAUUUCUUUUGGGACUCCCCUUAUUCGAAUUCAUUCUGGAAAUGUGUUGAAUCAUAUUAUUUUGGGUUGCGAAAACAAUUAGUUCACCUAACAUAAAGGAAAUUUGGAUCAGCUUUUUAACUUCCGAUUGCCCCUUGCUUAAUUAUCUUAUACUUAUAGGGAAAAUAUAUUUAUGGAGUUGCAGAAGGAAUGAAGUACUCACAACCAUAAACAGUUUUAUUCAGAGAAAACGGUAAAUAUGAAAUAGAAAAAUAUAUUUGCGAUGAGAAUAAGAGUUUGCAAAAAUUAAUAGACAAAUGGACUUUGUAAUCUAGUUGAUCUUCUUCUUUUACAAAAAUGAUUAGUUUCUUCUUUUUUGAAUAGCACUUGCUUGUAAAAUAACAUUAGGCAUACCUUGUGUGGUGAUUGUGGAAUUGCCUGUGUGCUUAAGUGUGUAGUCCGUUUGUGCAUGCAUACUUCGUGAUAAUAAUAAUAAUAAUAAUAAUAAUAAUUUAAUAAUAAUAGACAAUUUUAUUAAAAAAAACUAUUAAAAUCCUAUUUACAAUUAAUUCGCUUAAAAAAAAAGAAAAAACUAUUCAUUCAAAAACACUAUUUACAAUUUCUGUCUGUAUUUCUAUAAUAAUAAUAAUAAUAAUAAUAAUAAUAAAAAAGAAAGUAUACUGACCAAGGUUAAGAAGUAACUGUGAUGUGGUGGACUAGUUCGCGUGACAGAUUGCACGAAAGAUCACGUGGCCGUUGUCGUAACCAGUUAGUUAGAUAAUGACAUGUUCGUCAUUGAUGACUUAAGCAUGGCGUCAAUGCAUUUAAGGCCGAAUGCUAUUCCACUUAAGUUUUAAUUACAUUUAACACCAAAUGCUAUUACGCGAAUUCAAAAGAUGCGAUUAGUAUUACAGAAUCCGUUUGCAACGUUCUUGGUUGAGUUCAAUACUACACUAAACCUUCUCAGAAUUUUAGGUUCAAUGAUAUGUCAUUCCCGUUAACUUUCGAUUUUUGUGAAAUGGAGAUUCGUGGCGUUGGUUUCAUUGCCGUUCGCUGGAGGACCUAGAAGGGUUGCGCUUCUAUGCCGGUUGAAGGCUUAUUUCUCCCGUCAGCCUCUAUACAAGCUCAGAUAAUCAUGAAAGGAAUAAGCACAAAGGAACAGUAGCAUAAAAGACUAAAUAUAGAAAAGAAAAUAUGAGACAUGGAUGCGACUGAAGAGAUCUUGUAGACUUUCAAUGACGCGUUGAUAAACUUAUAAACCUGUCAUGGAGGUGAGAACUCAUCAUCGAACUAGUAAAGAAUGGAAAUACCAAAAAUUGCAAGAAAUGGACAGGCAUAACCUUACUCUGUGUUGUGGGAAAUAUGCUAUGCGGGAUUGUUAUUGAUAGGAUAAGAGGCAGAGUCGAUUGUAGGCUGAGGAAAGAACAGGCACGAUAUCGAAAAGGCAGGGGGACGACAGAGCAGGUAUUCAUACUGCGGAACAUCAUUGAGCAGGGCAACGUAUGGUAAACAGCACACUAUCUGAACUUCAUAGAUUUUAAAAAGGCGUUCGACUCUAUCCACCUUGAAAGCAUGCGGGCAAUCAUGAAGAAAUACGGAGUCCCAGAAAAGAUCAUUUGAAUGGUAAAAAUAUUCUAUCAAGACGUUAAGUGUACUAUAGAAAACCAAGGAUAAAUAUACGGUGGUUUGACAUAAAAAUAUAAAAGAAAACGGCGUCAAACAAGGAUGUAAUAUGCCACGUUUUUUGUUCUUGACUGUUACGGAUUGGGCAAUGACAAGGACAGUUGGUCGUGGUGAGAAUUGUAUUAGAUGGAAAUUCACAUCUAACCUAGACGACGUAGACUUUUCAGAUGACGUAUUCCUAAUAUCCUGUGCCAAACAGCAGAUUCAGGAUAAAACAGCAAUAAUGGAUCGGGAGGCAGACAACUAGGACUAACAAUCUACAUUGAAAAGAUAAAGGCGAUGAGAAUUAAUGCAAAGAACCAGGAAAGUAUUAUGAUAGCUGGAUUAGGAAUAGAAGAAGGAAAUGAGUUCAGUUACUUGGAAGCUACAGUUUGUGAGGAGGGAGGUGGUAUGAAUGAUCUGAAAAACAGACGCUAAGAAGAAAGGGGCUGAGGCUGUUUAAAACCUGCUACUUCCAGUCCUGCACUGGUGUGAAACAUGAAAAAUGGACGUGGGGGACGACAGUGCAGUAGAUGUGUUUCAUAACGAAUGUCUACGAAGAAUGCUACAAAUCCAGUAGCAGUGCCAUGUCAGUACUGAGUAGCCACUAGAAAGAGCAGACAUGGAACCUCUGAGUAAAGAGUUCAAGCAGCGUACAUGAAAAAUGAUCGGACGUAUACUGGACCAAAUUCCAGCGAAUGCAACACAGCAAUGACUUAAGCACCAGAAAGAAACAGGAAAAGAGGAAACUCACAAAUUCCAGUGCUUUUCCAUGUCCGGCACAGUAGGGUUAUUUCACCUCACUGUAUUUACGUAGAAUUCUUUGGCGUAUUCGAAUUGUUUUCGCCCGUCCACACGAAAACACCAAAACAGUGGAAAUACGGUCAUGUGGCAUGCUUGACUGAGCAUGUGUUUUACAAUGUUUGGCAUCAUCAUAUUCGAAAUUCUUCGUUUUCCGUUCGCACGAAAACGAUAAGCUGGCAUUUUUAAAAAACUCCACUCUGGGGACCGUUAAAAUACUGGAAAUACCGAUCAGUGUGGAAGGAAACCUAAACUGAGGAAAGAAUCUCUCUUUUCAAAAAUACCCGGGUGCGUGUGGACAAGGCCUAAAGUGAGUUUAUGAAGCUUGUGCUCUGUCUCUAAGCAACAUUUACGACCAGAUCUCUUGUUGUAUCUCAACAUGAAGGUCAAAUUAUUCUUAUUAUCAUUCGUCCUGCAUUACCCGAAAUUGUCCGCAAAUGAUAGUUUAGUAUAAUUGUUGAAUUUUGAAAGUAAACUAGUUUUUGUUCGAUUUGUACUUUUCAUCUUUGAACCCAGGAGUCCCUGCAGCAGCGGAGAUCACAGAUUUACCGGCUGAAUCAAAGGAUGCUGAAAUCACUUUAAAAUGGAAAGAGGCUGAAAACAAUGGAGCCCCUAUCACCCAGUACACUGUGUACCAAAGAACUGUCCGUGAGGAUGGCAAAACACUGAAUUGGAUCAAGAUAAAGGAAGUUACAGAUACUUCAGAUCGUAAAGUUGUUGUUAACUUGGGAAAAGGCAAAGAAUAUGAAUUUGUAGUUUCUGCUACAAACAACUUUGGAGAAGGAUUGAAAGAAGAAAGAAAAAUCAGGAAAAUAAAGGUGUUGGGAGGUACGUGUAUUCUGGCCCAGGUAUCCUAACUCUCUUUACAUUCUCUGUAUAUUUGUAAGACUUCGUUUUUCCAUUUUUCUUAAAUUUCCACUAUGAAAGUACACAUAAUGCGUGGCAUUGGACUCCAUCCAAUGGAUGUAUAAUUCGUAGCAACCGUUUGUUGAUAAGUGUCUUUACUUCAUCUCCGCUCAGUGUGACCCUGUGUACACCCAAAACAAAGGAGGAAGCGUGUAUCAAUUAUAAUCCACUGAUUAAUUUUCGCACAAUGUUAUUGGCCAUUUUGGGUCUCGUGUGCCAAAUCAUAGGGUGGGUAUCAGGCAAUACACCCCGUCCGUGUCGAUAUCCGCCAUGCGAUUUUUCAGUGGUCAGGAAAGCGUGAUAAGGUCAAAAAAGUGAGUCGCUUUUCAGUUUUUAUCCUCUUAAUAAUUUCAAAUGGAAGCAGUAAGAGCAAACUUGUUUUGUAUAAUCCAGUUUCACUUAAAUUUUGAGCUUUUCGCUGCUGACAGUUCCAGAAAACCUGUUGUUACAGAUGGCCUUUCUUGCUGUGACUUCCUCAGUUUCCACCAUCCACAUCAGCAAAUCCAGUUUUUGUCAACAGCCCACUAAUGUAAAACUUAAGUCCGUCAACUGCUCCAACUGCUUCAUGGUUGUAAUUACUCUUCUAGCCCUUCCAGCGGCAGUAAGUGAUAUGGUUGGAUUCUCUUUAAUUAUCCAUUAGAAACGUUUUUUUUUGAAUGUGUAGUUUUCAGACAGUGCUGUCGGUAAACUAGAAUAUAAACUAAAAGCGCUACUUUUUCCAGUUUUGAUCUAUGGAGCUUUGCGAGAGUUCAUUUGACAUGACAGCCUGUUAAGUCCCGGUCCAACCACAGUUUGAAUAAAACAAAAAUCAAGCAAUCAAUGCACUUGUUGGCGUCAUUUGCACGCGCGCUCACCUCUUUUCUUUUUUUUUUAUUUCUUCUCUUCCAACAUUUUAGAGAUGUAAAAAAUAAUCAGAGGACUAUAAAGUAAAUAAACUCCUUUCUGGCUUACUGUAUAUAGAAUGAUAAUGCCCUUGGCUGAGACAUUGUCCUGAAGAUUGCUUAAAGCAGUAGGCAUUAUUGAUUGUCCUCGGACAAUCUCUCAGCCGCAGGCAUUAUCUUCCGAUAUACUAGUCGCCGGAAGGGGUUUGUUUACUAAAUAAUACACGCCUUUGUCGUUAGCCCACCCUUUCCCAGCUACUCCGGCUACCGCCAUCCAUUGAUGAGGCUUUACUUGUUCCAGAAAAAAAAAAACCUGCUUUGCUACAUACCGGUACUUUACAUGUUUGUCGAUUAUUAGUCUUAAGUAUUAAAGCUAUGGAUUAUAUGUGUCGUGUUCCAAGUGAAUCUGUUUAUUCCUUUCGAGACGGCUUUAUUUAAGCAAUAGACCACACUUUCUAUGGGCUUACCGGAGUGAUAACCCACGCGGGAUAGUGCAGAACACGAACAAAGCUUGUAAAUCAUGAGCCGAAGGCAAGUGAUUUACAAGCUUUUCGAGUGUUCUCCCAACAUCCCAAGUGGGUUAUCACGCCGGUAAACCAAUAGAAAUUGUGGUCUAUUGCUUUUCUGAAAUAACUUUAAGUUUUCUAUGAGUUUACCGGCACUAUAAACCAUAGGUUUAUAACCAAUCAGAACGCGCGUACUAUCUUAGUUAAUUUGUAAUACCCAAUAAUGUCGUGCGAAAUGAGUGUCCAAUGAAAUUUAUUUCCUAAAGAAUAUGAAAGUACACUAAUCUUUCAUCGAAGCGAAGGACUAAAUAAUACGUUGAGACAGUAUUAAGAGUGUGUCCAUGAGAGAACCAGGCAGGAGGUGAUAAUGCUCAAAUCACGGAUUUCGCUCAAACUUGGCACAAUUGAUGGGUGUGGUGAGAUAUUAACCUCGACAAAAAAUAAGGUCGCAAUAUUGAAUUCCCUGGGAUUUACAGGGACCCCCCCUAAAAACGACAAAAUCUACUCAUUUUUGCAUAAUUAAUUAGCUGACUUUGGUUUGGCUGUUCAAGAAGAAGAAAAGACAACUUCAAAUCUAAUCAACUUUAUCAUCUUCUAUGUUUAUCAAACUUAAUGCUCAGUAAUCUAUUUUUACUCUCUAAUUCGAUCUCUUCCUAUUAUUUAGCCUAAAGUAAGGACAUCUUCUCACUGUUUUGACCAAACCCUAAAUUUAAGGUAUUUUAGUGGCUAACAUCUCCCAUGAGCAACAACCUAUGUACUUAAUUCUCACAUAUUCUUUGAAAGACAUCUUUAAGGUUAUCAAAUCAAUCAUAAAAUAUUUGGGCAAUCUCAUACUUUAUCAAUAAUGACGUAUUAUGUACAUCUGACUUGACGCUUAUUUGUCAUUUGACCAAAAUUGGAAGAAACGUAACAUUCGUUUUUUUAAACAAAAAUAGCACACAGUUGACGAGAAGUCACAAAUCAGAUGCGUCAUUAUCGAUACUAAUAGCGGAAUUGUUAGAACGUGUCACCUGAGGCAUGUUUUCUGUGUUAUUUAUGGACGUUUGGAUGGAUAUUUUAUGCAACGCUUGAGUAAACACAAGGAGCAAAAGAGUUAGUUCAAAACUUGGAUCGGUCCAACUUGUAGGUGAAACAAGACUCAAAAAGGAUAAAAGAUAGUGAAUAAAUGUUACAUACACGUCUCUCAGGUGCUUUAGUCCAGAUUUGCUGCUCCAGUUUCGUCUGGUCCUUUGUGGCGUUACUUCGUGACGAGGUAAUGAAAUCGAAACAUCUUGAAACAUUGCAGAAUUAAAAGUGUCGGCUUUUCACCGAACAUUCGAAGUCUUUGAAAUAAGUUGUAGUCAGAAAGAACAAAAUCAUUCUCAAAGGACAAGAAGGAUCACUGACAAUCCGUCUAUAUCAACAGAAAACAACCACCUGCUCGAACAUCCUCCAUCUUUGACUUUAAACUCUGCGAAAAAGAUUGAAUCUGUGACGCCCCAAUAUCCUGUUAUAACUGGUGUGUUGAAAAUAGGUUGUGAAAGUC